AUGGUAAUGGUUGGACAGUUAUGUCAGACCAACAAAAGGUUUGUGCAAUCUGUGGAUCUAAACAUGAAUGAUGGUAAUGGUUGGACAGUUAUGUCAGACCAACAAAAGGGAUUGGUUCCUGCUAUACAUGAAGUAUGGCCAGCAGUUGAGCAUAGGCAAUGUGCUAGGCACAUUUAUUCUAAUUGGAGGAAAACUCAUAGUGGGAGGGUCCUUCAAAGUCAAUUCUGGAAAUGUGCUAAAGCCACCUCUAUGCCAAUUUUUCAAACUGAAGCUGCCAAGUUAAGGAGAACUUCAGAGCAAGCUUAUGAAGACUUCAUGGCUAGAGACCCCAACACAUUCUUGUCCAUGUUAGAGGAUAUUAGAUUAUCUAUAAUGGAUAUAAUGCAAGAGAAAAAGAAACUUGUAUGUAAAUUUGUGGGGGGAGUUGCACCUAGAAUUCAUAAGAAGUUGGAGGAAGCAUAUCAGGAGCAAGUUCAUUGCUGUGCCCAUUGGAAUGGUGAUGAAAAUGAAACUGGUUUUGAGAUAAUCCAUAGAGGGAAAAGUCAUGCAGUAGAUUUGAAAAAUAUGACAUGUACAUGUAGGAAUUGGGACUUGACAAGAAUACCAUGCACACAUGCAGUCAGUGCUAUCUUGCUUAUGAGAAGGAAACAUGAAAUGUACUUAUCAGAGAUGUAUUCUCAAGAAAACUAUUUGAUUGCCUAUAAAGGAAUGUUGAAUCCAUUACAAGGGAGUAAUUAUUGGGAUAUAGAGGGAGAGGGAAUGGUGUUACCCCCAAAUAUUGUUAGAAGGCCAAAGGAGAGACCCAAAACUGCUAGGAGGAGAGACUCAUCUGAAGGUUCCAAGCAUCCUUCUAGGUCAUCAAGGCAGGAGACCCAAAACUGCUAG